UGUUAAUUGAGUUCUGUUGCUCACUCAAACAUAAUUGGUUAACCACGAGGGCUGCUGUUUAAUGGGGCGAAAAGACACCUGCUAAAGGCUAAUGACUGACAAACAGAGCGAGAGUGCGUCCGUCCUGUUUGUUAAGGCGCGAGGGGCCCGUGUGCGAAGUCCCACGCGCGCUAAAUGGUGUUAAAUGAUGCGUUUUCAGAAGUAAAAUGGGUACUUUUUUAAAAGUCAGAAAAGUGUGUCGAUAAAUGAAAGCAUGUGGAGGUUCAUUUCAAUGAUUUAGCUUUUCGCCAGAGUUUCCAGGACAACUGUGUCUCCAUCAGAGCCUCUUAUCUUGCAGGUCAACCAAUGUUUGCGCCCAUAUGUAUCGAUUUAUCAGUGUGCACAGGAGAGAUAUAACCAUAUAAAGUGUCGAUGCUUCAUUGUUUGAGAACAAUCGUGAGAAACGUGUUUCUUGGUGCGCUCCAAACUCUUAACGCUGCGUGUACAUGCUCUUGUCUGUUGCUGCUCUCGGGGCAAACACAGGUGGAUGCAGGUAAACGUUGACAGAGCGGCAUUGAUUUACGCGCCCACGGCCAUUCUGUUCAAUUUCGUGAAAAAUCCCACAGGCUGCAGAAUAUCCUGGAAACUAAGAGGGCUUUUUUUUGGUCUGCCGUUUUGAGCAAACAGUGAAACCAAUGACUUUGUCGCUGCUGGGUCACAUGGUGGCAGAGUGACACACCUGUGUGGAGCCGCGAGGGCCCUGCAGUUGCGCCACACGGAGCAGAAGGUGAUCGAGAGUUGACACGGCGCAGGUUCAGGUGCAUGUGCGGGUCCUCUGAGGAAGCCAUGAAUCGGGAAGAACAUUUUUACCCCUCCCAGGUUUUCAAAGACUCCUGCGCCUACCAGAGAUGCCAUCAAGGGGAGGACUACAGCCACAGCCCGCCGCCUUGCCUCUACAUGAGCAGGCAGGGCCACUCCGUCUACACUUCAUCGGCCAUGGGAGCCCUGGAGCAGGCCGGCCUUACUGACAUCGCCCCCUCGUCUUACGGGUUAUCUAUGAGGGAGGAUCCAGGUGUGCCACAGCUCCUCCAUCCUCAGGGACUCCAACAGCAACCCCAGCCUGCUGCAGGGUAUGGAGACACGGGGGAGCAGAGCAGAUAUCCGCUCCCUUUCCCCUGGAUGAAAACUACAAAAUCACACUCACAUACCUGGAAGGGACAGUGGGCAGGACCGUACGUAAUGGCAGAGAGUGAGGAAAACAAACGCACGAGGACAGCCUAUACGCGCGCUCAGCUCCUCGAGCUCGAGAAGGAGUUCCUGUUUAACCGAUACAUCUCGAGGCCGCGGCGCGUGGAGCUCGCGCUCACCUUGAGCCUUACCGAGCGACACAUCAAGAUCUGGUUCCAGAACCGGCGCAUGAAGUGGAAAAAGGAGGAGGACCGGAGGCGGGUGAGGGGAGCCGACCCCGACCAAGACUCCUCCAUCACCUCUGGUGACCAGGCGGAUGCUGCGGGUGGGGUCUCCUCCACCUCACCACCUGUUUCCCCGUUAACUCGUCACUCCCUAUCUGCUCCUACACACAGAGAGCCCGCAUAGAUCUGCUGGAAUGUCUCAAUAUACGUGAACUGAUAUUACAGGGUUGUUUUUCAAGUUCCUCAUAAGGCUUUCCCGUGUGACUGGAUUUUAGUACAAGAUCCAAAGUUAGAAAAAUACAGCACUAAGUCUCCAUUUCUCCAUAGAGUUCAGAGUGAGAUUAUGGUGCCAAUUUUCCAAAGACUCCCAUGAACUUUAGGGACUAUCUUUAUCAUCGUUAUUGGAUGGGCAUACCCAUCUGUCAUUUUCUGGACUUAAGGGACAUAUUUUCAUCCCAUUUCAUCAUGCAUAUGUUCACAAUCAAAUCAUGGAAAAUCCAACUGCUUUUUAUCCCGUUAGAGUCAGGAAAUUGGAUUACACAAACUCCCAUAUAGAGUAACCAAGUUUUACAUCACAUCAUUUUUCACCUCAUGUCCUUUGUAUAAAUGUAUUGAUGUAUAUAUGCAUAAUAUGACUGUCCUCCUAUUUCAGCAAAUAUUGUGUAAAGUUUAAAAUUCGCUAUCACAUAUUUUAUUGUUUGAAGAAUUGAUUGUAUGGUAUAAGAUUAAUAAAACACAAUACAUUUGUAACAAAACCAA